AUGGAUUUCUUCGAAGCGCCAUUCCAAACCAUGUGCACGGGUUUGCUACAGAAAACGCUGAAGGACGCAUAUCUACAGUUUUUCCCAACCGGAGCUUUUACACUGAUUCCAUAUAUUGUGCCGCUGUUUGAGAUUAUUCCGAAAAAUGUGCAUGAGGAGCAGAAAAGGAAAGAGUAUCUGGAGAUGGUAACCGAGAAAAUGGAGUGCUUGCUGGAAGAUCUUCUUCACUGUCAUGAUCGAAAUGUGAAAAGUCGUGAAAAGAAAUCAGCCGUUUAG